AUGUCAGCAAACGCGACACCAGAAGAGCGUUACGAGCUCAUCACGCGACGGCUGCAGGAAGUCCUUGGUGGCGAGACGAUCAAGGCUAUCUUGGCUGAGGGACGACAUCCGAAAUGUUACUGGGGUACGGCACCGACUGGUCGACCACAUAUUGGAUACUUCGUCCCGUUGACAAAAAUCGCUGAUUUCCUUCGCGCGGGCGUCGAGAUGACCAUCCUCUAUGCAGAUGUGCACGCAUUCCUUGACAACCUCAAAGCACCUCUCGAACUCGUCGCCCAUCGUACCAAAUACUACCAACACGUCCUCCUCGCAGUCUUCAAAACUCUCGGUAUACCCACCUCUAAACUACGUCUCGUCGAAGGCUCGUCCUACCAACUCAGCCGAGAAUAUAGCAUGGAUAACUAUAGAUUAGCGUCGAUUGUGACGGAGCAUGAUGCGAAGAAGGCGGGUGCGGAAGUUGUGAAGCAAGUGGAGAGCCCAUUGUUGAGUGGGCUGUUGUAUCCUGGAAUGCAAGCUUUGGAUGAACAGUAUUUGGGGUGUGAUUUUCAAUUUGGUGGUGUAGACCAGCGAAAAAUCUUCACCUUCGCCGAACUCUACCUCCCCCGACUCGGCUACGCCAAACGUGCCCAUCUCAUGAACGCAAUGGUACCCGGUCUCGCAGGCGGGAAGAUGUCUUCCUCAGACCCAAACAGCAAAAUCGACUUCCUCGACCCACCAGCAACAAUCAAGAAGAAAAUCAAACUAGCGUUUUGCGAACCAGGGAACGCUACAGACAACGGACUCCUCGCGUUCGUUAAAGCCGUGCUUAUACCCAUCAGUCAACUCCGACUUGAACGUCUCUCCGGGAACGAAGAAGUAUUAGAGCCCGGACUGGGAGACCAAACACCGUUUGCGAGUGAGGGUGCACCGCAGGGAACGGUGUUUAGCGUUGAGAGAUCUGAGAAGUAUGGUGGAAAUGUACAUUAUCGGACAUACGAGGAGCUGGAGAAGGAUUUUGCGGAUCAGGUUAUACAUCCUGGAGAUUUGAAGGGUGCAGUGAGCGAGGCGAUUGUGAAGCUGCUUACGCCGAUACAGGAGUUGUAUGCACAGGAUAAAGAGUGGCAGGAGAUCACGGCGUUGGCGUAUCCAGAUCCGAAUGCGAAGAAGGAAGUUAAGAAGAAGGUAAGGAGUUACGAUUUUCCUUCUGUUUUACUUAUCUAUUGA